CCCAGAAUCAAACUCGUAGACAAUCACAAUUCCUUAUCAGAAUCUCCAACCAAGAACCUGAAACUUCUAAAGAUACAAGUCUUUCAAUCGGAACAACGCACCUAAACGCCCCAAGGAAAAUGGCGAAAACAAUCGAUUUCGAGCCCAAAUACAUCACUUUCGACUGCUAUGGCACAUUGACAGACUUUUCAGGAAUGACUAGCCUGACGAGAGAAAUCUACGGCGACCGUCUCGAAGGCGAAGAACUCGAACGCUUCAUAGCUCUAUUCUCUGGCUACCGCUUCGACGAAUGUCUAGGUCCUUACAAACCCUAUCGCGAAGUGCUAGUCAAUGCUGUCCGACGUACUUGUGUCAGGACAGGAGUUGAAUUCGCAGAGGGCGAAGCAGAGAAAUUCUACCUCGCAGUCCCAACUUGGGGACCGCAUCCAGAUGUCCCCGAAGGUCUUCGUCGUCUUGCGAAGAAAUACAAGCUUGUUAUCUUAUCAAAUGCAUCAGACGAUCAGAUCAUGCAGAAUGUGGAGAAGCUGGGAGCUCCAUUCCAUGCUGUUUUCACUGCUCAACAGACGAAGGCUUAUAAGCCGUUGAUGCACGGGUUCGAAUACAUGUUUCAAAAGCUGGGGUGUGAGCCGAAUGAGUGUUUGCAUGUUUCGGCGAGCGUUAAGUAUGAUAUCUUGACGGCUGAGGCGAUGGGGAUAAAGCAUAAGGUCUUGGUGAAUAGAAAGGGAAGUUCGGAUACCCCAAGGCCGGGCCGUGAUUGUUAUGAGGUUAAGGAUAUCGGCGAGCUUGCAUCGAUGCUCGGGCUCUGAAGUGUUGUUUUUUUGGCAGCCUUACAACUCAAAACUCAAAGCAUACAUUUCUGG